GUUGUUGCUUCUUUGCUUCGAAUCUAAUCAGUCUUGUUUUGAAGUCGGCCCGUCCUCCAUUCGUCAAAUGGGUUCCCUUGUAGAUUCAAACCACCAAUCUAAUGCCUCUAGUGGAAAGGACUUUUUGCAAACCGGCUCUGUUCUAAUUGGUUUAGAUACUAUCGCCGUUCUUCUAAGGAUAUGGGUGAGAAUCAGUCAACGCGAGCAUCUUAAAGGUCACGACUACUUAUGUAUCCUGUCCCUACUUAUUUUCGUCGUUCAAAGUGGCCUCAUAUUCAAUUUUAUUGUUAAAUAUGGCGUGUUUGAUUUUGGUCCACCUUUGGGGGAAGCCGAAAUGAUCGAAAUUCUGAGAAUAUCCUGGAUCUGUGAGUUCACAUUUGGUGGGGUUAUUACGACUGUCAAGUUGAGCAUCUUGUGGUUUUUCUACUCGAUAUUUUCAGUAAACAAGACGUUCCAAAAAACAACUUAUAUCGCGGCUGCUUUAUGCAUCUUGUGGUUUAUUAUUACGACAUUUAUUAUAUUAUUUCAGUGCGACCCGAUCGACGCGUUCUGGAACCAACUAAACUCGCCGCUCUUUUGUAUCAACAGCACGCAUUUCCUUCUAGGACACGAGACAGCAAAUCUACUCUUGGACGUGCUGAUUCUCUGCAUGCCUCUUGGCAUGUUAAGUCAACUGAAGCUGUCCCUAUCGAGAAAGAUUUCCCUCUGGAUUAUUUUCAUACUAGCUGGACUCGUAUGUGUUGCAAGUAUCAUCCGGUUGAGGGCGAUCUAUCCACUUCCAAACCCCACCAAAGACUUUAACUUUGGCCUCCUCAUACUCUGGGCAGAAAUACAAUCAGGCUUGGCCAUAGUCUGUGCUUGCCUCCCCACACUCGGGCCCCUCGUUAAGUAUAUGCCUAAGAUUAGGAAUAAGGUUCGGAAUUGGCUUGGGUUAUCGUCGGUGCGUGCGAGCAGGAGCGGGGGCGUGAGUGGACAGCAGCCGAAGACCUCCGAUACCAGCAAUACGGCGCGUGGCUGGCCACAAGCCGAAGAGCAGCGCUAUCCUCAUUAUACUCGAGCAUCUGGCAGCUGGAUUCGAGUCGACGAGAACGCAUCCGAGACCUUUCCUCUGAAACCCACGAAAACCCAGAAUGAUAGCUCAGCAAGCCAAAACUUGGAACGAAGCUAAUCUACGAUGGGUGGGUAUAAAUUAUUACGUUAAAUUCUUAAUUUGCUGGAAGAGUCCAGGCUCCGGGGGCCGCGGAUUUGGCGUCAGGCGGGAAGAAGCUAACAGGUCGGAAAAUAACUUCGUCGUUCUAUGAGAAAUACCCUACCAGGGAACUCACUUGACAGUGGACCCAAACCUCUAAUAACCCUAUGACCGCGCUCGUUAACACGGUCAUUUCAACUCCGACUUGGACGACGAUACUAGAGGAAACAAUCGGUUUUACAAAAAAGCAAAUGGCAUAAUAGAUGUUACCUGUUAAAGGGAUUUAGAUACCUAAGGUAAGGUAGGUGCCUAAUUAUGAGAUACAUCCGGUUUUAGAAUGACAAGAUUCAAAGAGGCUUACGUUAGACUAUUAAAAUAAAGAUUACCAGGUCAUAUCUUAAAAUCCAUAAGAAUGGCACAUACAAAUAGAGGACUGCUCAAGAACUUUCAUUACUUGGUUGGUGAAUCCUUCUAGACAAGGGGGUCACGUCUAGCCCCUUUUUCUUUAUCUUUAUCUUAUCC